UGAACAUGACAGCAGAUAUAAGGUACGAGGAUACAGAAAUGAGAGAAACAAAUAUAUUUUAAAAAACACAGCAAAGAAGACAGUAUGAACAACAACAAUAGCCUCAUCUCCUAAAAAAUAAAACAACAAUAAUGCAUAUGUUUUUUUUUUUGGUUUGCAUUAAUGGAAUGAAACAUAAUCCUGGUAUAUACAGUACAGUCAUGUCUGAUCUCAGUCGGGUCGGCUGUGUGUACGUUGUUUGGCUUUUUCCUCAAACCAGUGUGAAAUGUCACACAGGGCUGUGAAUGUAAAUUAGACAACACUGCUGCUCUAUUGUGACGGAGGUUGUCACCUCACGUUCACACUGUUGUUUGUUUUUUAAACAAGCUAAUGUUCACUAAACACAUGUUUUUCUGUUGGAAUUCAUUUUUUUAAAAACAGAUUAAAAAACCGGCCGUUUAGUUGACUAAUCUAAGUUAAAUUUGGUCGACAUUUCAUCAGCUAAAAGUUGGUCAAAAGACUUCACCAAUUCAUCAAUAAAGAUGACUAUUCAAAUUAUUCUAUCUAUGUGGUUUGUGGUACAGUGAAAACCACAACAAAAUCUAAAGUAUAAUUUGAGAUUAGGAUUAAACGGGUUGGUUUUUUGUUACCAUGUGGUCCUAUACAAACAAUUUGGACAUUUUGCAAUCGUGUGAUCAGUCCCGUGUCUUUUUGGUCUGACCUUCCAGCCCGGAUUCAGUUCUAACACACAACUGCUGGCUGGGAGGAGGUCGUGUCAAAUUCUUCAUGUACUGCUGGUCAUUCAUAAGCCUGAGUGGAGCUCCUGCAUGAGGAGGAGGAGGAGGAAGAGGGGGUUCUCCAGGCUCCUGCUACUAAUCUAUUCCCUUCACUCUCUCACACACACACCAGUGUCCUGUCCAACCAAUAGACAGCCUCUGACAGUGCGAUUGGCAGCAGCAGCAGCAGCAGCAGCAGCCACACAACAUUCUCCUCCUCCUUUCUUCUUCUGAACACCUGGAGCUGAUGGUUCUAGGUUCUCCGCUCCGCUCCUAGCAUCACCCGCGGGAUCGAACGGACGUUCUGCCACCCCGUGGUGUGAUUUUUGUGAGUUCCGUCCAACCAUCCAACCUCCUCACCACACCUGAUGAACCCCCAGUGACCGAUUUCUACUACGGAUCAGCCGCAGAGCCAAGUGAUGGAGCGUCCGUUUUCGAACACUCGUCGUCUCCGGGUCUCUGUCGCUCUUUCAUCUCCUCUGCACACACUCAGGGAUGUGCAGAGUAUUUUUUAAGUCAAAACAUCAUCAUCACCAUUACCAUCACCCCCUCUUCUCCCUCUUUUUUCCGUCCUCCCCCAUCUCCCCACCCAAACAAAGCACUUUGGAAAUGCCUCCCCAGUGAUGGCUGCUCCUCGCAUCACUAAAAGCGUCGGGACCGCGGGGUGAGCAGACAUGGACGGCGGGAGUCUGGUCACGGCUGUCGGGGAUGGCGCAGCCAAUCUUACUGCGGCAGCAUCAGCAUCCAACCUCUGGCUGGAUCUUCCGAACGCAUCCAGCCCGACCACCCUGUGGGGCAGCGGCAGAGGCGGCGGCAGCAUCUCGCCUACAGUAAGCAACGAGCCGGAGGAACAGCUCCUCAUCCCAGAACAAGCCUACCGGGACUUCACCACCACCAUCCAGGUCUUCAUCCUCAUUGGUUCCCUGCUUGGAAACGCCACUGUGCUGUGGUGUACCUGCUGCACCAACGUCUUCAAAUCGGUGACCAAUCGCUUCAUCAAGAACCUGGCCUGCUCGGGCAUCUGUGCCGGCCUGGUGUGUGUUCCCUUUGACGUGGUGCUGGGGGCCAGUCCUCACUGCUGCUGGUUACUCCAGACGAUACUCAUCUGCAAAGCCGUCAAGUUUCUCCACAAGCUCUUCUGCUCUGCCACCGUGCUCAGUUUCAGCGCCAUCGCCCUGGACAGAUACUACUCAGUGCUCUACCCACUGGAGAGGAAGAUCUCAGACGCUCGCUCCAGAGACCUGAUCAUCUACAUUUGGGUCCAUGCUCUGGUGGUCAGCCUCCCCGUCUUUGCUGUGACCAACGUGACGGACGUGUAUGUCACCUCGUCGUGCUCGGACCACUAUGCCCGCUCGCUGGGUCACAUGGUGUACGUGUUGAUCUACAACGUCACCACAGUGGUCCUGCCCCUCUCUCUGGUCUUCCUCUUCAUGUUGCUGAUACGUAGGGCGCUCAGCGCCAGCCAGAAGAAGAAGGUGAUCAUUGCGGCGCUGCGAACGCCGCAGAACAGCAUCUCCAUCCCAUAUGUGUCCCAGAGGGAGGCAGAGCUGCAUGCCACUCUGCUGGCGGUAGUGCUGGCCUUUUCUGUUUGCAGCGCCCCCUACGGGGCUCUGGUGGUCUAUCGGACCAUCUUGGCGGAUGCUGAGGAGCUGCCAGUCUCGCUGUAUCUCACAGCUCUCUGGCUUCCAAAAGUGUCUCUGCUCACUAACCCACUCCUGUUUUUGACCGUAAACCGCUCAGCGCGUCACAGCUGGAUGGACCUUCUCACCAGAAUUCACAGACGUUACAGUCGUCGUAACGUGGUCAGCACUGGCGGUCUGGCCUCUUUAGGACCAGAGGGGGUGAUUGGGGAACCGGUGGGACUGGAAACAACAGGUCGUUCUGGGAGCCAACUACUGGAGAUGUUCAACAUUGGCCAGCAGCAAAUUUUUAGACCUUCUGAGGAAGAGGAGGAAGGAGAAAAUGAAAAUGAAGUACAAGGAUCAGCAAAGGAGGAUUCUAAAGGCAGGUCGAGGCUGGGAAGCUCCAGAGAAGUCAUGACCAUGAAAGAUGCUCCUCAGGAUGCAGCAGCAUCAGGGGGGCUGGUCGUCACCAAAGACUACGCUCCUGCAACAUCUCGCUCCUCUCCAGUUCAGACUUGCACUUACACUUCUUCAUCACAGGUGGCACCAGCUACGCCUACAGAAGCAGAAGAGUCUCCACAGUUUGGGUUUGGACCAUUUGAACUUCCUCCUCAGUGGUUACCUGAGACCAGGAACAGUAAGAAGAGGCUACUGCCUCCGCUGGGCAACACGCCCGAGGAGCUGAUCCAAACCAAACUGCCCAGACCCCGGCCUGGACGGAGAAUCAACAGGAACAACAAAGUCAGCACCAUCCCCACAGUGGACCAAUGAUAUUGUCUUCUUCUGACCUCUGAUUACUCUUUCUUGAGUUGGACAGCCAGUUGCUAGGAAGUAUAACAAAAAAAGGAUAUGACACGGAGCAAAACUUGCAGUUAUUGGUCAGAUGAUAUUUAGCAACAACAACAAAAAAAACAUAUAAAUAAUACA